AUGGCACCUAUUAAUGAUAACAUUGUUUCUAAAAAUAAUAAUACUUGUGACAAUUUGGAUCAAAUUAGUUUUGAAAAUUUACCUGCGAUAAAUCCAAAUUUUGAAACGAUCUGUAAAGAAUUUUUUUAUGGGACAAGCAAUAAUUAUAUUCCUAUAACUUCAAAUCCUACAUCUGGAUGUACUAACACUUCCAAUUCCACUUCUGAAUCCACUUCAAAUUCUACUUCAAAUUCAACUUCAAAUUCUACUUCUGGAUCCGCUCCUAAUUCAACUUCUAAUUCUACUUCAGGUUCAACUUCUAAUUCUACUUCAGGUUCAACUUCUAAUUCUACUUCAGAAUCCACUUCUAAUUCUACUUCUAGAUCCACUUCUAAUUCAACUUCUAAAUCUACUUCCGAAUCCAGUUCCAAUUCAACUUCUAAAUCUGCUUCGAGUUCAACUUCUAAUUCUACUUCAGAAUCUACUUCUAAUUCUACUUCUGGAUCCACUCCUAAUUCAACUUCUAAAUCUACUUCUGAAUCCAGUUCCAAUUCAACUUCUAAAUCUACUUUUGAAUCCGGUUCCAAUUCAACUUCUAAAUCUGCUUCAGGUUCAACUUCUAAUUCUACUUCUGGAUCCGCUCCUAAUUCAACUUCUGAUUCUACUUCAGGUUCAACUUCUAAUUCUACUUCAGGUUCAACUUCUAAUUCUACUUCAGAAUCCACUUCUAAUUCUACUUCUAGAUCCACUUUUAAUUCAACUUCUAAAUCUACUUCUGAAUCCAGUUCCAAUUCAACUUCUAAAUCUGCUUCGAGUUCAACUUCUAAUUCUACUUCAGAAUCCACUUCUAAUUCUACUUCUGGAUCCACUUCUAAUUCUACUUCUAAUCUGGCUUCCAAUCCUGAUUUGAAUUACUCUUCUCCUAGUAACACUAAUCUGCCCAUUUCCACCAAUAGUAAAAACAAAGCUUCCAUUAGCUAUGAUAAUGCUAGCGUUUCAAAUAAAGUUGUUUUUUUUGAUAGAUUAAGAAAAAUUAUUAACUCAACUUUAGUAUCUGAAAAAAUAGCAGUCAAUCAAUAUUAUAAUAGCCUAUUAAUAAAAAAUCUUAGGGAAAAAGGAUAUGCGUUUAAAAAGGAUAAAAUUGUUGAUGAAAAUGGAAAAGAAAUUGACAAUAUCAAACUUUUUUUUGAACUUCAGUUGCAAACUGAUCUGGAAGUAUUAAAAACAUUUAAAUACCAAAAUCCCAUAUUUAAUUUUUUGAUAAAAUGGGCUAUGACAUGCCCAUCUACCAGUAUAGCUACUGAAAGAACAUUUAGUUCUGCCGGAUAUAUUUUUACUGAAAAUAAAGUUAACUUGAAAGAUUCAAAUGUUAAUGAACUACUAAAAUUGAAAGCGUUUAACUCUUUAGUAGAUUAUACUAGUGUAAAUUUCGAACAAGAUUUGCUAUCAAAUUUAUCUGUACAGUAA